CGCGUUCCCUCGACACGGUCGCACGAUCGCUCGCUAUUUCCCAUUCCCAGGCGCGUCCUUCGGGACGGAUGCGUAUGCCGCGUAUGCGUGCCGCCAGCGCGAACGAAUGUAACGGGGCUCGCGAUUGAGAUCGCGAUCUGUCAUCAGCCGAUCAGCCGUCCAUAUCGCGCCGCGAUACGCUGCCAAGUUGAUAAUCCUGCCUGGGAAGUCUGGGAAGCGGUUAGGCCUCAAAGUAUACACACACACAUGCGUACAUACAUAUAUUUUGCGCGAGCACGGCUUAGCACGGUCAUAAUUGAUCAUAAUGUUGAAUGCGAGUUCCGCGGAGGCACGGAAGUUCGAGCUUAAAGAGAUAUUGUUGUUCAACGUAAGGAAGCGCCGAUACAGUUAGAUCAAAUAUAAAGAGAGAAAGAGAGAAGUAAGUGUGACAGUUAUGUAAAAAGUAUCAACAAGAGUGAGUCAACAUGUCGAGUCGCAAGCUCGCCGGGAGGCGAUACCUGCCUGGUGCACUGUGAUGCCUGGUAAUGUCAGCGCGAUACGUGAUGGUCCACGUCGAUGUCACGCGUGGAAUGCACUGUAGUACGGAACGUCGCGCGAGAAUCUCGGGUUCAGUUGCUCCGCUGUUGUAACUUGUAACGCAUAGGGAUCUCAGAUGCCGAUGAUCAUGGCGCAGGAGAGCGAGAAGUAUCCGCUUCACAGAUGUAUAUUUCAAGGGGACGUGAAGACGCUGAACAUCUUGAUUAGGACACACGACAUUACCGAAAAGGAUAAACAAGGAAAUACACCUUUGCAUUUGGCUGUGAUGUUAGGAAGGAAAGAAUGUGUUCAAUUACUGCUUGCACAUGGGGCAUCUGUAAAGGUGAAGAAUCUGGCUGGUUGGAGUCCAUUGGCCGAAGCAAUCAGUUAUGGAGAUAGACAAACCAUAUCAUCUUUAUUACGUAAAUUGAAGCAACAAGCGAGAGAGCAAAUGGAAGAAAGGAGGCCGAAUUUAGUUGCUGCGUUGCAUCAAAUGGGUGAUUUUUAUAUGGAAUUAAAAUGGGAUUUUCAGAGUUGGGUGCCGCUAGUUUCAAGAGUGUUGCCGUCAGAUAUAUGUAAGAUCCAUAAAAGUGGAGCUUCAAUUAGGAUGGACACGACUCUUGUAGAUUUUAAUGAUAUGAGGUGGGAGAGGGGUGACAUAUCUUUCAUCUUCAAUGGUGACCAAAAACCUAGCCAUUCACUGACUGUCCUCGACAAUAAAGCCAAACUUUUCCAAAGAGUGAGAUAUGAGGAAACAGAGCUUGAAAUAGAGGAUGAAGUUGAUAUUCUUAUGUCUAGUGAUAUUAUGGCAGCUCAAAUGUCUACCAAAAGUAUCACAUUUUCUAGAGCACAGACAGGGUGGAUUUUUAGAGAGGACAAAAGAGAAAUGGUAGGUGCUUUUCACGCUGAUUUUUACCAAAUAAAUGGCAUGGUAUUGGAAAGUAGAAAACGUCGUGAGCACUUAAGUGAGGAGGAUCUUCAAAAGAAUAAAGCUAUUAUGGAAUCCCUUACUAAAGGCAGCUCUCAAGGAUUUAAAAAUGGCGAACCUCCUAUGAGAAGAGCAUCGUUGAAUCCACCACCAGAAUCGAAUAUAACGUGGGAUGAAUAUGUUGUUGCUCCGCCUGGUCAAUGUCCACUUCUAGGAAGAAAUCUCGUUUAUAAGGAAAGUAGCAAAUCUUUCAAAGCUACUGUGGCAAUGAGUCCAGAUUUCCCCCUUACCGUCGACAUGCUACUCAAUGUUCUGGAAGUGAUCACGCCGUUUAAACAUCUAAGCAAGCUACGCCAAUUCGUACUUAUGAAGUUGCCCCCCGGAUUCCCGGUUAAGAUCGACAUACCAAUUCUGCCUACAGUCACUGCUAAAAUAACUUUUCAAGAGUUUGCCUUCCGAAACGACAUAGAUCCAGAAUUGUUUCAAGUGCCAUCAGACUACUUUGAAGAUCCAAUGAGAGGUUACGAUUUCCAGACUUAUGACGCUUCGACAUCCUAAUAUUAAUCAAGAUCCAGCCUAGUCGGGGUCUGUUUUCUUCUAUGCUAGGGGACAAUCUGGCUUUCGUGAUUUCAGCCAGUCUGGAAAGCAUCUACGCGAGCCAUUAUGUUGUUCAUUGAAUAACUUAUUGUCAUAAUUUGAUCACACCUAACAGCGAAUAGUGUCGAAUAUUUACGGGAUGUUCUCAAUAAGGAAGUAAAGCUACAGAAGACAAAUCUGUACUGAAUCAGAGAAAUUUGCAUACUAUUUAAUACCUAACUCAAUCAUGUUUGUCUACUUGAUUUGCGAAUCCUAUUAAUGUUUAUAGAGAUAAAGAUCAUUAUACGUAUGUCGUGCUGCACUCGAAGAAGUAUAUACUAUGUACAUACGAUGAGUGAUACAAUCUGACGUUUAAAAACACCGCGUUUGAAAUUCCCACUAUUUGACUGUGUUUGAGAAUUGAAUCAAUGAUUUCUCACACUAGGGAGUCUUUCUUAAACCCGUGUCAGAUCACGCACCGAUGACAAAGAAUCGCAAAUUGGAGAUUAGAGUUUAACCAAUCGGAACAAAGUUGAUUAAGAUUAAAAUGUUAUCUGUUGGUAAAAAUUUAAUCUCCAAUUAAUCCUCGAUCUUUGAUGCUUGGUCUGGUCGAUCUGUCACUGCAGUCAUAUUGGAUUAUAUCGCGUUAGAUUAGGACGAUCAUUAUACACGAUUUAUCUUUGUGACAUACGUAAAUUCUUGUUAGCAGCAACAGGUGUAAAAAACAAAUAACUUUGAUAAACGGUAGUAAAUAUGUUUUUAUGAUUUUUCAUUGUAUUAUGUUCCAUUGUAUCAUGAUCCAAUAUGAUUGCAGCGAUGGGCCAAAGGGCUUAAAAUCAAGGAGAAUAGAUUAGAUGACGAAUAUUGCUAUAUUUGUAUUCUACACUUUUCGCGAAUUACCUAUUUACUCUAAUCAGCGAAGAUAACUGUUCAUAUUUAUUUCUUCGCUACUCUCACGAGCAAUAUGUAUUUUUACUAUCGGAAUUUCGUAAAUACUAUAGCAUUCACAAUUGGUCAUGUAAAAGAAUAUUAGUCUAAAAUAUAUUCUUCAGUAUUACCGACUUAUAAUUAUAUAGUUUAUACUAUAAUGAUUGUUAAUACCUUUCUUUUUUUUUUUAGUACAAAACACCGUUUUUAACGGCUUUUUAACCUUGCGUGAAUCAACGCAUAAAGUCAUCUUUAAAUAUAACGAUUCGUACUCAUACCGCAUUCAGUACUAACCAGUACUAACUGUCGUUUACGUAAUUCUAAAUGUAACUACGUGAAGUGUAUUUCACGAUUAUAUCCACAAAUCAUUUUCAGCUUUUUUUUUAUUAAUUAAACUUUCUUUUAAUGAAGAUUUGAUCGCAUGUCAUUCUUACCGUAGUUUUUUCAUAUUUUUAAUACAAACAUCUUGACACACUUGAGUAUUAUAUUAAAAUACUGCGGAAAUAAAUAAUUUAAGUUUACUUCAAAUUACACGAAAAAUAAGAAUUUAAUAUUUAUUUGUAUUUAUGAGGAUUAAUUCACGAAAAAUGAUACCGAUUUCAAUUUUUUAUUUAAUUAAAAAAAGAAGUUUUUCUAUAUACCUGCAUUUACAAAGUUUCUUCGCGCGUUUCUUUGAAAUAGAAUAAGGUUUAUUUCGAUUCAAUAUUUUCAACAGAAUUUCGAAUUUCUUUGUAGAUGCAGAUUUGCAGUAUUUUAUAUCCAUCACAUAAGGUCAUUAAUGUCCUAAAACGGUGAUCGGGUUUAGAUGCAAUUUUUAGCCUGAUUUUCGUGUUGAUGCCCAUUUGUACUCCACUUGUCUCCCCUCUUCGCAUCUUAGUAACAAACGGACGCGCCUAAAAUUAAGCUAACUUAUAAUCAUAGAAUUAUAUAUAAUUAUAAUCGUGACCUUCAUUACAAUCACUUCCGAGGCAAAGCGUCUCACGCCUUAGUUGUGCGCGAUCGGUAGCUCGUUCUUGACGAGGGUGAUGAAGAGGGGGACAUCCGACCACUUUGAAACACGAAUUUGUGCACAGGAGUCCAUUUCCUAUAUACGCCCUAAUAAGCGCCUUAACUUAUGUAUAUACUUUAGACAUUAAUGACCCCGGGUGCAUAUUGCGUUGUGUAUAAGCGAGAUGGACAUUAUUAUUUGAAUGCAAAAGUAUGAGUGCGGGUUGAUUUUCCUCCUGGCUACCGAAUGACUCUCUCGAAAAAUCACGACGAGACCUAGCUCGAUCAUGUUUUUGCGAUGGUCUGGAUUUUUCAACGAAUAAUAGACACAGAUUUCGAAAUAAACGAGUGGAUUUUCCUUGCCUAUUAUUCAGUUGUACAAAUUCCAUUACGUUUUGUUCACAGUUAGGUUGAUUGUAUAUGAAAUAAAAGAAAAACGCAAAAUAUCAAUAUCGGUAUUUUUGAUAUCGAUUACAAUCCUUGAUCAUUAAGUAAGAUAUAAAGUAUCACUAGUAAAGGUAUAUCAGAGUAUCAAAGAUAUUUAAAUGUAUACAGAUUGCGUAUGUAUGUCGGGUGCUGUUACGUGCGACACCUUCCAUCUUGUAGGAUUUCGAGAUUUCUAGUACUUUCAAAUCCUUCUCGAUGAGUCUUUUUUAAAACAAUUCCCUUAACAAGCAUCGCUUAAUGCGGUAUCUCGAUAUAUAAAUCCAUAUUGCAAUUUAUGUUGACAACAUUUGGUGAUAUUUGUCUUUAUAUCAUCCCUUGUUUGUUUUACGUAUCUCCUUUCUGUUAAAACUUUGAAUAAUGAAACUCUGGCUUUUAUCUUACACAUUUUAAUUGUUAAUAUUUAUUGUUUUUAAAAAACAUCUUGCCUUUUUAGAAAGUAAAGGUAAACCUUAAGAUUUUUGAAAGUGAUUUGCUCGCGUAACUAUAAUUUUGCUCGGCCUGUCAGUUCUGUUCAUAACAUGAAUUUUACCGAGCUGUAUCGUUAUUUUAAUAAAGUUUAGAAUAACAUCCCCUCCUAUAUUUUACUUUAAUCUUUCUAAAUAUUGACGCGUUGCACACGAAUGUAACAUUACGUUGCAAGAAAUUUUCAGAUAUUUAAAUGUUUAUAAUACAUCUCACGAAAAAUGGAGUUAUUCCAAUUGGAAACAUUUCUCUCGAAUAAUCCCAACAUAGAACAGCCAUAUUGUGAGAUUCUCGCAAUAUAACUGUUGCUCCAAUUUUACUAAAGUAUUCUGUGUGUUGAUUGGGAUUCCGUUAUAAGCUUCUUAGUCGAGAAUUAAUUUGAGCUAAUAUACGGGCUCUCUAUAUAAUAUAUAUAGCGCAAUAAUAUUCGACGAUAACUGCCGAUAGACGAUCGAAGACUAUUUCAAUAUCGUUAUCCAUACAAGUGGUUCAUGAUAUAGUCGUCUAGAACUUAUUUUUCUUUUUUAACAUAUCUAAUCUUUUUUGGUUAUAUUAAAAAUGUGAAUUUUAUGAUUUCAGAAAAAAAAAUUAUCGGAAGGAAGGAAUGAAUGGUGUAACUUUUCUAAUUGUAAGAUCGUGAUUAACUGAUCAAUUAAAGGGCACGUACCGAUCGCAAUGCGAUGCAAUGAGUACGAAGGGGUGGGUGGGAUCAUUACGCGUGUUACUUCGUGUUACUUUGACACGCGAGUCUAUUAAUUGCCGUGUAUUGCCGCGUAAUCCGAGCACGGUCAUCCCCUGCAUAUGUUACGUGUCGCGCGAUCUUGAACUACUUGCGGCCAAUUUUACUUGCGGCCUUCCCUCCGCGGCUGACGCAGCCGAAACUGAGGAGUCGUGCGUGAACACACGCACGCCUAGCACACACUUAUGUCUAUCUCUAUCAAUGUAGAUCAACUUUAAUCUAAUUCUUAGAACUUAGAAAAAGAUAAAAAAUAAGUCGAACCGAGAUUAAAGUUAAUCUGCAUUGGUAGAGAUGGACAUUAUUAUUUUAAGUAUGAGAACUAUACCUAAGCAGUCAAGAUGACUGAUUUUUUAAAAAUAAAAAUUGCUCGAAUUUAUAACGGUGUAUCUUCAGAGAUUUUCCAUGAUUUGUUACAACAAUACGUUUAAUAUAUUUUCCCUUCAUCCCUUUUUAAAAAAUAUAUAUAUACUUAAAUAGUAGGAAUUAAUCUGCAUCAAUGUAAUAUUCUAAUGUUAAAGAAAAAAAGACUUAAAUAGAAGAAAAUAAUCAUCGGUAAUUCUUCUGUUAAAGGAAGGGAAUAUUGCGAUACCUAAAAUCUUGUGUACAUGACGUAAAAGUGUUGGUAUAUAUUUAUUUUAAUUUCGUGUUAAUCACAAUGCGUGAGAUGUAACAAAAGAUUAAUAAUUAAUGUCGAUAUAUAUCGUGCUGCUACAUGUAGAUGUAAAACAAAGCUUAUAGGAUUUAAUUGCAACUUUUGGGCCGAUUUUUAGUUUUAACGCCCAUUGUCUCGUAUUUGACGUUCGCCAGAUGCGUCUUGCUUUGCAAUUUUUUGUUUUGAACAAUAAAAUAUAUAAUAUAUCUGU